AUGGAUGGACCUCCAGUAAACGAUUGUUGCUCCAUAUGCCAUGGACACUUCAACAUUGCGUGCCAGGCCAAUUGCUCUCAUUGGUUCUGCGGUGAUUGUAUUAUGCUUGUUUGGCAUCAUGGAUCUGUACUCCAGCCAUGUAAAUGUCCACUGUGUCGUCGAGAGAUUACAUUAUUGGUUCCUAGUGAAGCUUCAUUAAGGGAGCGGAAUGAUCCUGACAUUGCUGAGGUUCUUGGAAAAAUUGAAAGAUACAAUCAUCUUUUUGGUGGAAACACCAGUGGUCUCAUUCAGAGAAUGCAAGACCUUCCAUUUCUUCUCCGGAGGUUGUUGAGAGAAAUAAUGGAUCCCCAAAGAUCUCUUCCUUUGGUCAUCAGGGCACGCGUCUAUAUUGCAAUGGUAUUAAGUGCCAUCUACAUCAUCAGCCCUGUAGACAUUAUUCCAGAAGGAAUUUUGGGAAUAGUUGGUCUCUUGGAUGAUCUCUUGAUAGCGCUCAUUUGCUUUCUUCAUGUUGCUGCCAUAUACCGAUCAGUACUCUAUUUUCGUCACGGAGAAAUAACAUCUAUCUGCAUGUACAAGUCGUUUACUACAUACAAAAUUAGAGGUGUAGUGAUUGUCAUUGAUGAGAUAGUGAAAAUUGCUGGACAACCAUUGAGAAGAAAAGGUGAAGCAAACGAUGGGCAAUGCCUGGAGACUUUCUCUAGAUUAAACAAUGUUUCUGCUGGUUUGGAUGCUGAUAGAAAUGAUUGGUGA